CAGCGCCCGCCGCUAUCUAAGUGGAGGAACGGCUGUUUCCCGUCCUUUUUCCCUCCUAACGAGUCCUGAGACGGGUAAGGGAUCCAGAAACAUCUUCCCGUGUCACGUCGCUUUUCACAAUCCAACAAAAAUGAUCAUCUACAAGGAUAUCAUCACCGGCGAUGAGCUGUUCACCGAGGUCUAUAAAAUCACGGAGGUCUGCGACGGGAUGCUGUACGAGGUACAGGGAAAGCUCACUUCCAGAUCGGAGGACGUCGACGGUGCGUUAAUCGGUGCCAACGCCUCUGCAGAGGGCGGCGACGAGGGUAGCGAAGCGUCCACGGUCAGUGGAGUCGACAUUGUGCUCAACAGCAAACUGCAGGAGACCUCGGCCUACAACAAGAAGGCCUACCAGAGCUACAUCAAGGGCUAUAUGAAGGCGUAAGUGUCUCUGGCAUC